AGAGGGCCGAAAGGUCCUGAAGAAAGGUUUACGUUUGGAUUACACAAGGGGGUUGGUUUUUUUUAUUUUUCUGCUCCGGAGAGUUUUGGCCCCGACGCGUCCAGACUGUGCGUAAAAAGUUUGGGUUUGUUUUUUUUUCUCUGAAGUGAAACAGUCGCCGCGUUUCUCAAAAGAGGAGGAUGUCAACUUCAGACGAGGCAGACGGGCUCCGGCCGAGAUAUGGCUCCGUCCUGGAUGCCGUGGAGCGACUCACGGCCGAGGAGAUGGACGAGAGGCGGCAGCAGAACAUGGCCUACGAGUAUCUGUGUCACCUGGAGGAGGCUAAAAGAUGGAUGGAGGCCUGCCUGGACGAGGAGUUACCCCCCACCACAGAGCUGGAGGAGGGGCUGAGGAACGGAGUCUAUCUGGCCAAACUGGGCAACUUCUUCGCCCCGCACACCGUCUCCAUCAAGAAGAUCUACGACCGCGAGCAGACGCGUUACAAGGCAACAGGUCUCCAUUUCAGACACACAGACAAUGUCAUCCAGUGGCUUAAUGCCAUGGCAGAGAAGGGACUGCCAAAGAUCUUCUACCCUGAAACCACAGAUAUAUAUGACAGAAAGAACAUGCCGCGCUGCAUCUACUGUAUACAUGCACUCAGGUACGGCUUCUACUUGUUUCUCCUUAUCUGUGAGACCCAGGACCCGUCUGCCGUGCUGUGGUUGGAUGAGAUCCAGGAUGCGAUUCUGAAGGCCAACCAGGACACACAGGAAGCUUUACAGUUCUCUCAGUCCAUCCAGGCCAUCAACGAGGCGGUGGACAGCGGUGACGCAGCUCAGACCCUGGCCGCUCUGCGUAGCCCCGGAGCAGGACUCUACGGGGUCACCUCCGAGUGUGGGCAGACCUACCAGGCCGACCUCGCCAAGAUCAAAGAGGACAAGAAGAAAGACGGUGAUAACGGCAGCGACUGGGUGAAACACUGGGUGAAGGGCGGACACAACUACUACUACAACCUGCAGACCAAGGAGGGCACCUGGGUGGAGCCGGCGGACUUCACAUCCAACAACACCCAGCUCAACAAGGAGGACAUCCAGUCGGUGGUAUCUGGGGUAACCACCGCUUACAAUCGGGAGCAGCUGUGGCUGGCCAAUGAGACUCUAAUUACCAAGCUGCAAGCCCGUUGCCGUGGCUACCUGGUGAGGAAUGGCCUAAAGCAGCGGAUGAGCUUCCUGGAAUCCCAAAAACCAGCUGUUACAUGUAUACAGGCUCACUGGAAGGGAUACAAGCAGAGGAAGCAGUUCAAGAACCGGAACCAGUACCUGAAGGACCACAGUGACGAUGCUGUCAAGAUCCAAUCGAUGGUUCGGAUGCACCAAGCUCGUAAGAAAUAUAAGGAUCGUCUAAAGUACUUCAAUGAUCACAUCAAUGAAGUGGUGAAGAUUCAGGCUUUCAUUAGAGCCAACAAGGCCAGAGACGACUACAAGACGCUGAUCAACGCGGCGGACCCUCCGAUGGCCGUGGUGAGGAAGUUCGUCCACCUGCUGGACCACAGCGACCAGGACUUCCAGGAAGAGUUGGAGCUGAUGCGACUGCGAGAGGAAGUGGUCACCAACAUCCGGUCCAAUCAGCAGCUGGAGAACGACCUGAACCUGAUGGACAUUAAGAUCGGCCUCCUGGUGAAGAACAAGAUCACGCUACAGGAAGUGGUGUCGCACAGCAAGAAGCUGACCAAGAAGAACAAGUCGCAGCUGUCCGACAUGAUGAUGAUGAACAAGCAGCGAGGAGGCCUGAAGGCGCUCAGCAAGGAGAAGAGAGUCAAACUGGAAGCUUACCAGUAUCUCUUCUAUCUGCUACAGACCAAUCCCACGUAUCUGGCUAAGCUGAUCUUCCAGAUGCCCCAGAAUAAAUCCACAAAGUUCAUGGAUUCUGUAAUCUUCACACUGUAUAACUACGCCUCUAACCAGAGAGAAGAGUACCUGCUGCUCAAGCUCUUCAAGACCGCCCUGCAGGAGGAAAUCAAGUCUAAAGUCGACCAAAUGAAGGAGAUCAUUACGGGAAACCCCACCGUCAUCAAGAUGGUGGUGAGUUUCCACAGAGGUGCUCGGGGCCAGAACGCGCUGAGGCAGAUCCUGGCGCCGGUAGUCAAGGAGAUCAUGGAUGACAAAACGCUAAACAUCAAGACCGACCCGGUGGACAUCUACAAGAGCUGGGUCAACCAGAUGGAGACGCAGACGGGAGAGGCCAGUAAGCUUCCUUACGACGUGACUCCGGAGCAGGCGAUGUCCCACGAGGAGGUGAGGACAAGACUGGAAGCCUCCAUCAAGAACAUGAAGACCAUCACUGACAAGUUCCUGUCCGCUAUCGUCGUCUCGGUCGAUAAAAUCCCAUACGGGAUGAGGUUCAUCUCCAAGGUGCUCAAGGACACUCUCCAGGAGAAGUUCCCAGAUGCUACAGAGGAUGAGCUCCUCAAGAUUAUUGGGAAUCUCUUAUAUUACCGUUACAUGAACCCGGCCAUCGUUGCACCCGACGCCUUCGACAUCAUCGAGGUGUCGGCAGGCGGUCAGCUGACCACCGAGCAGCGACGAAACCUGGGCUCCGUCGCCAAGAUGCUGCAGCACGCCGCCUCCAAUAAGAUGUUCCUGGGUGACAACGCUCACCUCAACCCCAUCAAUGAAUACCUCAGCGCCUCCUAUCAGAAGUUCAGGCGUUUCUUCCUGGCAGCGUGUGACGUUCACUCACUGGAAGACAAGUUUAACGUGGACCAGUACUCCGAUUUAGUCACCGUCACCAAACCGGUCAUCUACAUCUCUAUCGGAGAGAUCAUCAACACUCACACACUGCUGCUGGACCAUCAGGACGCCAUCGCUCCAGAGCACAACGACCCGAUCCACGAGCUGCUGGAGGACCUGGGAGAAGUUCCCACUGUGGAGUCUCUCAUCGGUGAGAAUCCUCUUCCUCCUGACGACCCCAACAAAGAGCUGAUGGGGAAGACCGAGGUUUCGCUCACGCUCGCUAACAAAUUCGACGUUCCCGGCGAAGCCAACGUCGAGAUGAACGCCAGAACCCUCCUGCUGAACACCAAGAGGCUCAUUGUGGAUGUGAUCCGGUUCCAGCCGGGCGAGACUCUGACGGAGAUCCUGGACUCAACAGCCGGCACAGAACAGGAAGCGGAGUACCAGCGCGCCAUGCAGAGGAGAGCCAUCCGAGACGCCAAGACUCCCGAGAAGAUGAAGCAGGUGAAACCGGUGGUGGACGACAGUCUGACGCUGCAAGGCAAGAAGGACAAGAUCAAGAGUAACCUGCAGAGGCUGGCGGAGCUCGGGAAGGUUCACCCCGAAAACCGCUACCAAGACCUCAUCAACGACAUAGCCAAGGACAUCAGAAAUCAGAGGCGGUAUCGUCAGCGUAGGAAAGCGGAGCUGGUGAAACUUCAGCAGACCAACUCGGCCCUCAACUCGAAGACGGCUUUUUACAACGUGCAGAUCGAUUCAUACAAUCAGUACAUCAAGACGUGCAUGGACAACCUGGCCAGCAAGGGCAAGUUGUCAAAGAAACCCGGAGACAACAAAGCCAAGAAGAGUAAAAAUGUCUCCCAGAAGUACACGGCGGCUCGCCUCCAUGAGAAGGGCGUCCUGAUCUCCAUCGAGGAUCUGCAGCCCAACCAGUUCAAGAAUGCUAUUUUUGAGAUUUCUCCGUCAGAGAGCGUCGGCGUGUUUGAUGUGAAGGCGAAGUUCAUGGGCGUUCACCUGGAGACGUUACAGUUAGAAUAUCAGGAUCUCCUCCAGCUGCAGUACGAAGGCGUGGCGGUGAUGAAACUCUUCGACAGGGCCACCAUCAACGUCAACCUGCUCAUCUUCCUGCUCAACAAGAAAUUUUAUGGGAAAUAGAAAAAAAUGUAUAAAAAAAAAGAAAGA